AUGUCACUUCUUAAUGAAACUUAUUAUGAUAUACUCGAAAUUUCCGAAACGGCCACGAUAGGAGAAAUUAAAAGGCAAUUUCACAAGCUUUUGCUCAUUUACCACCCAGACAAGUCCUUAUUAGAUUCCAGUGCUCUUGAUAAAAUCGACGACAAUGAUAAAGUGAACAGAAUUCUCGAGGCCUGGCGAGUCUUGAAAGACCCUGAAUCAAGAAAGCUUUAUGAUGACGAACUAAGAGCAAAGAAACUCGACCACGACGGAAUAUUCAAUGCAGAAAUUGAUUUAGGUGACAUGGAACAUAGUGCAGACACGAAUUCAUAUUCGACUUCUUGUCGUUGUGGUGGCUCGUACAUUGUUUUUGAAGAUGAUUUGGACCAUG